UUUAGUGCCAGUGUGUGAUCUUGUGGGUUUUUAUAGGUCUUGACAGGUUUGAUAGACCUUGGGAAUUUAUUUUUAGGCGCUAAUAUAAGCUGAACUGUAUGAGGCAUUAUGGUGCUUGUUUAAUUAGCUUAAUUGGCUAUUUAUAGCCUGAAGUGUACCUCGGGCUCAGGGAGGAAGUGGGAAUUGUCUUGUUUGUGGCUCGGGACCCUCUGAAGUGAUCAGAAUCUUGUGCACAGAUGCACUUUGCAGAGUUUCAGCCACGUGUGUCGGGUAGGGGAGAGGUGGCCCUGGGCAGGAUGGUCCCUGCCUACAUUGGCUGGGCACGGCCCCGGAUGCCCCAUGGUGAGCUGAGACCAGAGACGCUGCCAUGUCCCUUCCCACCUAAGUUAUCCCAUGCUCCUACAACAUGAGUGGCCAUGGGAGGAGGAGGUGAAGAAGGGCUCUGGCUUCAAAGAUCUUCCCAAAGGCAAGAUCAAGGGCUUUUCUUUGGGAUGAAAAUGAAACGUGGCACUUUGAUGGCAGCAUGGGGAGUAAUGGUGGCUCCGCAAUGCUCCUCUCCUGCCCGAGUCCCUGGAUCAAAAUAGCUUUGUGGCUGCUCCCUGUGAAACAAGCAUUAAUUGGGAUCAUUAACCGGAGCUGCGCUAGGAGGCUGGCACAGGGAGGGAGGGGGUGUCUGGCUGCCACAACAAGGGAAUUUAGGGGGCUGGGCUGGCAUGGAUGGGGACUCAGUCUCAGCAUGCCGGCACUGCCACCAGAGUUGGGCUGGUUUACAACAUCCCAAGCCCUAUGCUCUGCUUUUCACAAUGUGCAGGUGUGAGUCAAAUACUUCUUGCACUGUAAGGGCAUUCCCCUCUGCAUGUGGCAGGUGGCAGUGGGGCCUGUGGCCGGCUGAAUUCAGUGGGAAAAGUUCAGGCAUGAUGGAGGGGAUGGAAGUCCUUUAGCACAGGUGCUGGGGAUGUGGUGGCCGUCCUUGCUGGGCUGUGGCUGCUGCCUGGGAGCAGGGGCUAAAGCAGGAGCCACAACUCAGCCCCUUUGCAGCCCAAAACAUCUGGUCCCCAUGCUCCUGACGAGCAGAAAUGCCUGAAGGCGACAGCACAGAGCCUGGGAGCUGCCGCAUCCAUCAACAUGUAGGGUUCCUGCUGAAGCCACGCUCCAUCACGGGGCUGUAAUUUAUGCUAAUGACCUGCUUUUGCAUAUUGGAGAUAAUUUGCAGCACUUGCUGCAAGCGCUGAGGCAGCACUUUGCUCCCUGCCAGGGAAGUUUGCUUUCCCAUCUCCAUUUGUUUCUAUCAGCAUGGUGUAAUCAGGCGUGGGGACAAGCCAGUGGGUGCUCGGCACCGCAGUGCCACUGACUCGGUGCCAGUGAUCCGGCCAUAGCAUCAUUGCGUGCCUGCUGACGUGCUUAUACUAAUGUCUCCCUGUGCUGACAUCGGAUCUCCUCUCCGAUGGACGGGGACCGCUCAGGGCUGAAAUUAAACUGGGUCAGGGCUCAGCGGGUGCUGCUGUCGCCCUUUGUUCACGGCUGGGGUCGGCCCCUGUAGUCCUUACUUGUGGCUGGGGUGGUGCGUGGGAAGAUGCCGGCAGCUGUUUGCCCCCGACGUGGGGGCUGUGCUGGCUUCGCUGCCCCACAUAUCCCUCGGCCGGUGCCAAACAAAGGGCCUGAAAUGUUGUCUUUCAGAAAGGAAUCCAGGUUGUAAUUAAAAUCAUUUUAAGCAUCUGCCCUGGUCAGAGGCCAGCAUGCUGGGCUGUGGCAUGUGCUUUAGCAUCAGCAAGUCAUUCCUCCCAUCUCUUUCCCACCUGCAAACCAGGAUCAUGGGGACACCCUGAAGGCUGGUGCCAGUGGUCCCCACUCAAGCUGGGGCUGCUCAAUGCAUGUCCAGGGGCCAGACCUUGAUGAGGAAACAGACCUGGGUUUGCAUGUGGACAAAUGGGAACCCUGUGGGUUAGUUAUAGCAGCUGUAAAGGGGAGAUGUGACCCUUGGGGUCUGCUUUUCAUUUACUGUCAGGAUAGCGGGGCGACUCUGAUGGGGGGUGGGGGUGUCAGGGAUCCAUGGGGUGCAGUGCGUGGUGUCCCCAAGGAGGCUCAGGGGUCCAUGGGGUCCUGUGCGUGGUUUCCUCAAGGAGGGUCAGGGGUGCAGUGCCUGUUCUCACUGGCCGCCCACUGGACGGCGUCACAAACCUCCCCCAAACCCCGCGUGGGUGACUUCCCUUAAGGGAGACGGAAGUGGUGGAGGAAGUGUGGUGGGUUCGUCACCUCCCAGCUGCAUGGCCGCACAGCCAGCCCCCUUCCUGCAGAGGCCCCCCUCCUGGCCCUGGGUUUAGGGACGGUGGCAAGGGGCUGCAGACUCGGGGUGUCUUCGGUGAGCAGCUGCCUGGUGAGGAGGAUUUCCACUCUGGGGUUUGGGUGCAGACGCAGAGAGAAGAUGAUGAUGGGGCUUACAAGGGUGUUCCUCUUCCUCUUCUUCAUCAGGCAAACAGCCUGGGCACAACACGGUCCAUUGGAGGUGGUAGGGGCUGUUCAUGGGGUGGCAUAUCUCAGCCCCAGACUGCAAACCCAGACCUCCUAUCACCAAAUCCACUGGCGGCGCAACAACUCGGUGAAGAUCGCCAGCUGGGACAGCAGGGGGAAGGUCUGGUAUGCCAACAGCACCUACAAGGGACGCCUGGAGCUCUUCCCCAACAACAACACCCUAAAAAUCAGCUGCCUGCAGAAAAAUGACAGCAGCAUGUACCAGGUGUACCUGGAGGAUGAGGUGGGCAAGGAGCACAUUGAAAACAUCCUUCUGACAGUGUACGAGCUGGUCCCGAAGCCCACUGUGAACGCCAACGUGAUCAGGGGUGACUCGACAUGGUGCAAAGCCACCCUGGAGUGCUCAGUGGGGCUCGAAGGGGUGACCUACGAGUGGAUCCCCCCCAGCAAGCUCCCGCUGGAGGAUGUGGGUGCCUCUGAGCAGCAUGUCUCCUUUGACCCCUUGAUAGAAACCUACACCUGCAAAGUCAGCAACCCUGUCUCCUCCAACAAUGCCUCACUGACCUACAGGCACCCUUGCUCCUGGACAGGUGAGUCCUCCGCUGCUGCAGCCUGCACCACCACCAGCACGCUGGUGGUCCUGGGACACCUCCUCCCCCUCUUCUUGCUCCUCAGUCUGGCUUAAGGAUGCUCUGUGGUUGACAUCUCUCCUCAUCUCAUCACCCUCAGUGCCUGGAUGAGGUCCCUAAACUGGCUGGAUGCAGAAUGAUGCGGUUGCUCAAGGGAACCAUUAUAACCAGUGUCUGUUACACCAGCACCCACCUGCUUCCCACCAGCCCAGGCUCUGGCCUCUCUGCCGCUGCCUUCAGGGUAGUUCUGUGCUUCACUUUCCCUCCUCACCUUUUCUACUUUGCUUCAAUCAGAGGUCAUGUUCUCCAGAUCUGAACAAAACUGGGAUGAACACUGUUGCAAUGGUGUUUCAAGAACCCUGGCAAUCUAAAUUGUUAAGUUCAUGGUUAACUUCUUGGAAAUCCUCCUCUCCCCAGCCCUGAGAUCUGUGGGGAGACCCAAUCUGAGCCUUUCCCAGGGGUGCCCAUGGACUUGGAGGGAUCCUUGGCCAUUGCCUGCUGUUGAUGAUGCCCUUUAUGGUGCUGAUGAGCAGCGUGAUGGUGCAGGACAGUACAUGACGUGUUUAGCCUGAAACCUGUGACACCGGCAUGGAUGCAACUGGGUGCUGCCUGACCUCCAGGUCUGGAGCACCAGAACAUCUUGAGGGGGCAGAGCUAAGAUGGCUUUCUCUGCAAGGGAGUAUUCAGCAGGGCAAGUAUGGCCUCUGCCUUCAGAAAUGUGUCUGUGUAUACAUUAAAUUAAUUUUAACCUUAAA